AUGAAGCUCUCGUCAGCCAUCUGCGCUGCCCUCCUGGCCUCCCUCGGCCAGGCCGACCGGGGCAAGCCCUCGCGGCCCGUGUACAAGGAUCCGCGCGCUUCUAUCGACGCCCGCGUGGCCGAUUUGCUGGCCCGCAUGACGAUCCAGGAAAAGACGGCCCAGCUGAUCCAGGGUGACAUGACCAACUACCUCAACCUGACCGAUGGCGCCUUUAACAAGACGGGGCUCGAGUGGAAUAUGGAGUACCGCGCCAACUCGGUGUGGACGGGGUUGUACACCGAGAUGACCAACGUGAAGAAGGCGGCGAAGCUGGCCCAGGACUACCUCUUGAACGAGACCGAGCUGGGCAUUCCUACCUUUGUACAGAGCGAGGCCCUGCACGGGCUCCUCGUCCUCAACGGCACCAUCUUCAACUCUCCCAUCGGCAUAGGAUGUUCCUUCAACCCGGAACUCGUUGAGAAGAUGGGAAGAGCUAUCGCCAAGGAGUGCCGCGCCCUCGGCAUCAACCAAGUCUUUUCACCCCAGGCCGAUCUCGCGAGGGAGUUGAGGUUCGGGCGUGUUGAAGAGUGCUUCGGCGAGGACCCGUAUCUGGUGGGUGAGAUGGCUUACAGGUUCGCCAAGGGCCUCGAGGACAAUGGCGUCUCAGCCAUGAUCAAGCACUACGUAAGCCGCCUUCGCCACCCCGAGCAAGGCAUCAACACCGGCCCCGUGCACGGCGGCGAGCGAGAGCUUCGAUCCACCUACCUCCCGCCCUUCAAGCGCGCCAUCCUCGACAGCGGCGCCACUUCAAUCAUGUCCUCGUACAACUCGUACGACGGCGUGCCCACCGUGUCGGACGAACACCUGCUCACCGAGAUCCUCCGCGACGAGUGGGGCUACGAGUACUAUGUCAUCUCCGACGCCGGUGGCACCGCGCGUCUGGAUAACGCGUUUGGCGUGUGUGGAGAGCGUGACCACGAGUGUAUUAUUCGCGAGACUCUCCCCGCUGGUAACGACGCAGAGAUGGGAGGUGGUUACUGGAGCUUCGAGGCAAUCCCCAAGCUCGUCGCGGCCGGCAAGCUCGACGAAUCUGUGGUAGACACUGCUGUCUCGCGCGUGCUCCGCGCCAAAUUCGCCGUCGGCCUCUUCGAGACGCCCUUUACCGGCGUCGCCGACGACAAGAUCCUCGACCACAUCAACACGGCCGAGCACAUGAAGCUCGCGCGUCAGCUGGACACGGAGAGCAUCGUCCUACUCGAGAACCACAACAACAUCCUCCCUCUAAACAAGAAGGCCAACGUCGCCGUCAUCGGUCCCAUGGCCCACGGCUACGUCAACCCGCGGCGCCACCCCCUCGACGGCAUCCGCUCCGUCGGCCAAGGCACCAUCACCUACGCCAAGGGCUGCGAGCGCUGGUCCAACGACGAAUCCGGCUUCGCCGAGGCCGUCGCCGCCGCGCAGGCCGCCGACGUCGCCGUCGUCGUCGUGGGCACAUGGUCGCGCGACCAAAACGAGCUGUGGGGCGGGCUCAACGCCACGACGGGCGAACACAUCGACGUCAGCGACCUGAACCUCCUCGGGAAGCCCAUCACGGAGCCGUGGAUCUCGGAGGAGGCUGCGGCGCUGGUGCAGCAGUUUUAUCAGUCGGAGCAGGGCGGUUACGCGCUCGCCGAUAUCCUGUACGGAGAGGCGAACCCUUCGGGUCGGUUGUCCGUUAGUUUCCCUUAUGAUGUGGGCACGCUGCCGAUUUCCUACGACUACUUGCGCUCCGGCCGCUCCUGGCCGAACCCGGGCAAGGUGUACCCCAACGGCACCCUCGUCUUCGGCAGCAACUACGUGCUCCAGAACCCCACGGCUCUCUACGAUUUCGGCUACGGGCUGUCGUACAGCACGUUUAAGUACUCGGACGUGUCGGCGUCCAAGACGACCGUCUCCGCCGACGAUACCAUCACCAUUUCCGUGACGGUGACCAACACUUCGAAGCGCGACGGCGCCGAGGUCGUGCAGGUGUACGUGCGGGACGAGGUCGCGUCGGUGGAUCUGCCGCGGUUCCGGCUCAAGGGGUUCCAAAGGUGGCUGUGCCAGCGGGGAAGUCGCGCAAGGUGCAGGUGA